AUGGCUUCGGAGACCGCUGCAAAGAAAUACACGGGCGGAUGCCACUGCAAGCGGUUCCGCUACAAGUACACUCACUCGGCGUUUGAGAAUGGUGAAUGCGACGUCGGUAACUGUAAUUGCAGUGUGUGCAAUAUGAACGCGUUGCUCUUCAUUUAUGUUCCCGAAACAUCGUUCGAACUCACUUCGGGAAGCGUGGAAGAGCUCACGCGCUGCACGUUCAACACGAAGAGCUACUAUCACCACUUUUGCCCCACCUGCGGGACAGAAAUCAUCGGAAAGACGGGAGGCAAAGUUGGGAUCAAUGUACGCAUGGUGGACGGGAUCAGGCUAGAGAAGCUGAAAUUGAAGCCCUUCGAUGGAGCGGCCCUAUUGUAG